AUGUCUGCGACGUCAGAGAGCUUCGCGGGCGCAGUGGCUGGUCCGAGCAAGCCUCCUCCAUACCUGCAACGAUCUCUUCACAUCCGGUACAUCGCCUCUCUUCACACACACACCUCCUCUCUUGCCUAUCGGCUCACGACGCACCUGCGUCUGAACGCGAUCUACUGGGCCCUGUGCACCUUGCACAUUCUCGAUGCUCCAGAUGCUUUACCCAGGAACGAGCUGGUGCAAUUCACUCUGAGCUGCUGGGAUGAAGAGAGGGGAGCAUUUGGCCCUCAUCCGGGACACGACGCGCAUAUUCUCGCUAGUUUGAGCGCUGUACAGAUACUCGCUCUUUGCGAUGCCUUGCCUGAUCUUGAUGCUGAGAAGCGCGACCAGCUGAUCAAGUUCAUCACCUCGCUCCAAAAUCCAAGCACAGGUGCAUUCAGCGGUGAUCACACAUACCUCGAAGAAGACACGCGAUUCCUCUAUUGCAGCGUAUCGGCCUUGUCGCUCUUGGGAGCUCUGCAUCAUCUCGACAAGCCUCUCACAAUCCGUGCUGUGCUGGCAGUUCGCAACCACGACGGCGGAUUUGGCACAGUGCCUGGGGCAGAGUCUCACGCGGGGCAAGCCUUUGUAUGCAUGGGAGCCUUGGCGAUACUGGGGGGAUUGGACGAAUUAGACAAGAAGGCCAAGGACAAGACGGCCAGUUGGCUGGCCGAGCGGCAGCUAGAGAACGGAGGGCUGAAUGGCAGGCCUCAAAAGCUCGAAGAUGUCUGCUACAGUUGGUGGGUCCUCACAGCUCUCUCCAUCCUGCACAAGCUGCACUGGAUCUCUCCUCCGAAGCUCUGCGAUUUCAUUCUAUCUGCUCAGGAUCCCGACCACGGUGGGAUCGCAGACAGGCCCGACAACGUAGCGGACGUCUUUCACACCUUCUUUGGCGUUGCCGGGCUGUCGCUGCUAGGCUAUCGGUUAGACGACAAUGCCAAAGAUCAAAGUCACGAGUCAGCCGACGGUUUGAAAAAUGCAGAGCCGGAUGAAUGCUCGUUGCUGCAGGAAAUCGACCCAGUGUAUGCGCUGCCCGCGCGCGUCACGAAGAAGUUAGGUCUGCAACUCGACUAUCAAGCCCUUGGCAGAUAG